UUUUACCUGGCUCUUGCUGUGUACAAUUGUAGACCAUACAUUGUAAAAAACCGUAUUUUCGAAUAAAUGUGAAAUAAAAACAAGACAAACUGUGGCAUCAAAAGUGUUAAAAGUGGUGGAGUACAAUGGACGUAGACGAUUCGGCGGUGGAUCUUAGCGUAAGCAGGUCUCUACCGCCUGAGUUGAGUGAACUCAGAGCAUUGACAGCCAGUGGUUUGACAAUAACACCCGCCCAGCCACCACCUCAUGGUGCAAGUGGUAAGAGAGUACUACGUCCAAGAUCAGAGCAACGUAGUUAUGCAGAGAGCCCCGACAUCGUUCUUCUGCCGGCAGCACCGCCUCAUCGGAAACCUUCACUGCCUGCCCCGGCUCCAUUUACUGAUGUUAGCAGCAAGCUGAACACAGGCGCUGUGAAUGUUUCUAUAACAGCGAGCGCGCUGCCGCCCGAGUCUCCGCGCGACCCGCAGGACGAGGAGGAUUCCGAUGACGAGAACGAACCGCCCUUACCGAUAACCGGCCACAGGGAGUUGUCCAGUGCGGAGAUAUGGGAACGCGAGCGCAGACUCCGCGCUCUGAGAGAGAAGCUGCGUGCUGAGGAGACGCGUCUCGUGCUGCUGAGGAAGCUGCGGCAGUCGCAGCAGGCCGCCACUAUUCCGCCGGCCAAGACAACGGAGUCGGCGAGCGCGUGCGCGGCGGGCGCGGCGCUGGCGGGCAGCGGCUGCGUGGUGCCGCCCGGCGUCACCGUCACGCCCGCGCCGCCGCCCGCGCACCAGCACAGCAAGCGCGCGGCGGGCGCGGCGUGCGCGAGUGCGGGCGCGCUGGCCCCGGGCGCGGCGCGGCGCUCCGCCAACCUGCCCGGCGGCGCCACGCUCACGCCCGGCCCGUACCGCACACAGUCAUCGUCGGGCGGCGGCGCCAGCAUCACGCCGUCCGUCACCAUCACACCCGCGCCGCCACCGGCCUCGCACUCCACUCCCAAGACGAGCUCCCGCAGCUCCGAGGAGACGCAAACGCCAGCGCAGCGACAGGCCGCCGCCAAGCUCGCUCUGCGCAAGCAACUAGAGAAGACGCUGCUGCAGAUUCCACCACCUAAGCCUCCGCCGCCGGAGAUGAACUUCAUCCCUUCUCCCAGCAACACGGACUUCGUGUACCUGGUGGGACUCGAGCACGUCGUGGACUAUCUCACCAACGAAGACCGUAUGCCGCGCUCGAGCGUGCCCGCCGUGUGCGCGCAGUGUGGCAGCGACUUCACGGCCGUGUGGCGCUGGGAGCGCGCCCCGCCCCGCCGCCAGGACGCCACCUUCGCCUGCUCGCUGGCGCCACACGCGCGCCGCCUGUGCGAGCUCUGCGUGUCCGGCAACGUGAAGCGCGCGCUCAAGGCCGAGCACACCGCGCGCCUCAAGACGGCCUUCGUGCGCGCGCUGCAACAGGAGCAGGAGAUCGAGCGCCGCCUGGCCGCGCCGUCCCCGCCGCCCGCGCCCGCCGCGCCCGCUCCGCCGCCCGCGCACGCGCACGCUCAUCACCACCGCGCUCCGCCGCCCGCGCGCCCGCGCCACUCCGCGCCCGCGCCCGCACCCCCUGCGCCCAGCAAGCCGCCGCCGCCCGCGCCCGCCGCCGCCCUGCGGGCGCACCACUCCGAGCGUGCGCGCGACGCCGACCCGCCCUCCAAGAAAGGUAAAGGAUCGUCUUCGAGCACUAGUAGCCAGGGAAGUAGCAGCAAGCAACAUCAGCAACUGGCAGCAGCAGCUGCGGCGCAGAUGGCAUUCGAACAGCAAAGCGCAGCGGCCAUGCAAGCAUUGCAGCAUCAACUCCUCAGAGGGCUGAGCGGCGCGGGCGGCGGCGGCGGCGUGUCCCCCGCGGCGGCAGCGGCGGCCAUGAUGCAGUUCUCGCCGCUGCUCUACACUUACCAGCUGGCCAUGGCGCAGGCUAGUGCGCUAGGUAAGCGCUCGGGUAAGGGUGGGAGCGGCAGCGCGGCUAUGGCGGCAGAGAUGCAACGUGUGGCGGAGGCCCAGCGACAGUACUUGCUGGAUAUGAUACCCGGACAGCACGCCAGGAACCCCUGGCCUAAGAACUGAACUACAGGUUGGUUCAACGUUUUCUACGAAGGAUAAAAAUGUAUAGGCGAUAAGAAGAGCAUUUUAAGAGCUGUUUUAAUGUUUACUUUACAGUAUGCUAGGUAAUAAUAAGUAACGGUUAUGAUGGGUCUUACUGGUCGACCAAGCUGAGUAGAGGCUGUCAAACGUGACGUCACUCACAUGUUUUAUGAUUAUAGAAAAGUUUUAUUCAGUGACUGAUUUAUUUUUAUAAUCUCAAUUCUAGACAAUAUAUUCGACAAUGAUUGUAAUAGCGAUUGCGAUAUUUCGCCUUAAUUAUUCAAUACUAUGCGUCAAUUGUUGAUCACGUGGUGAAUAUAAUACAUAUGUCAGUUCGAUAUAUUUGCUAAACGAAAUGGACAAUCGCUGUCUUUGUCUAGGUGCACAGAUAUGUUGUCUUUUAAAACAAUGCUGUCUUCGUUCAUUUUAAGGGUUAAAAACUAUCAAAUCUACAGGCGUAGUUGAGAUUAAUAGUUUGACCUCCAGGCAGAAUUAUUUUAGCGAUUAAAACGAUUACAGAAUAUUUAAAUGAACUAACGCGAUACCGGUGCGUACGUUACGAACAGCUCGGAGCCGUAAGUCAGUAACCUCGUGACGUAGAAUUGGUCGGCUAGUAUGUAGAGAUAACAUUUUACGAUCAGAUAAUUUUGGGUAUGGUUUAAAGAGAGCUAGAGCUAGAUAAUAUAAGUUUUUGACGUUAAUUAAAAAGCACAACAAAUACGUAAUUAUAGCAAAACUAAUUUUAAGAUAAUCGUAAUUAGUAGUGUGUAAAAGAUCAACUUCGUUUUAUAUCUGGAUUUUUAAGUACUUCAAUAAAUAUUGUACG